AUGCCGAACUUAUUUUGCAUUUGGGGCACCAAAAUUCUAACACGUCAGCUCCUCUUCUCAUCUUAUUCCUCUUCUUAUUUUCAUUUUCCAUUAAUGCUCUCCUCUCCGUACCCUUUUGCGUUAAGGUUUGCUGGUAUCCAUUGUCGUUACAUAUGUGGUCACUCUAAGGGUGCUGGAUAUCGACCUGGAAUGCCUUUGAAGGACAACAGGUUGUUUCGAAACACUUGGAUUGCCGUAUAUGUAGCUGAUGCCUGGCGGUUUAUCAACUGCAACUGGGCCGCCAGAUACAUAAAUUCCGAGUGCUUUCCAACUUACCAGGGCUCUCUUUCUGGGCCUAAUCAAGCAUCUUCAGUAUCUUCAAUACACCUACCAGAGGCCGAGCUGCUUCAUCGACUUGACGAAUUCUAUUUUCUCACUGAUCCUGAACAACACAUUUUUGAACACUUUCCUGAUCAAAAAGCUUGGCAACUUCUUCGGAAGCCGAUCAGUUUGGACCGCUUUGUCCGACUUCCCUUGCUUAAGUCACCAUUUUUCAAUGCCGAUCUUUCCUUGUAUAAGAAUUAUGCUGAACAAUUGGUCACCAAGAAUGGUCAAAAAUAUAUUUGA